UGGGCCAUCAUCAGUUUAUCACACAUUAGAAAAGUUUCUUCUGCAUGAUGCUCUGAAUUUUAUAUGUGGAGUUUUUCAGAGUUUUCACAAUACUUCUGAGUUCUGACACUUAUAAAAUAGAUCAAAAAAGAGGGUAAAAAACACACCCUUUUCUUUUCAUCAUUUUGGCAUCAUCCUCUACUUUUUUUUAAACAAGAAAUAAGCAUUCUAUAUAUCCUUUUCCCCUCAUUCUUCAGUCUUUCACAGUUUUACCACUUCACAUAGGAAAACUAAGAGAUAAUGGCUGUGGACUACUACUCAUACAAUCAUACUGAACAUAAAGUUGAAGUCGAGGAAGAAGAAGAUGAAGAAGACUACAUAGAUAUGGAAGUGAGCGCGUUUGCUCACUUCUUUUCGCUCUCAAAGAAUGCUAAAAUGUCUUCACCACAGCAUCCUAGAGAAUUCGAGUUCCAAAUGUCGUCGACAGUGAAUGUAGAGAGGGAAUCCACCACAUCCCCUGCUGAUGAGCUCUUCUACAUGGGGAAGUUACUCCCUCUACACCUUCCGCCUCGAUUACAGAUGGUUGAAAAACUUCUUCAAGACUCAACACCAAAGAAUUUUAAUGAGUUUUACAGCACUCCUUUGGGUACAAAUGCUGCAACUACGCCAUUAACAAGCACUACUCCUUUCGAGUCCUGCAAUAUAUCUCCGGUUGAAUCUUGUCAGGUUAGCAGAGAGCUUAAUCCUGAAGAGUAUUUCAGUGUUUAUGCAAAUGGAGAAGAUUUUCAUAAAAGUUUUAUUGGUGAUAAUAAUGUAAAGAAGUCUUGGACUAGAAAGCUGAAGACUAAGAUUAAGUCAUUGUUUGGAAAAUCAGAUGAGUUAUCUGUUUCUUCCUCAGUAGCCAAAAACAAACAGGAGGGCUCCAUUUCGAGGUCAAAGGAGGAUCAUAUAGAGAAACAAAUGAAGGGAAGUAAGAAAAUUUCAUGCAAACAAAUCGAUCAAGCUGUUUCUCAGGAUAGAUUUGACAGACAAAAUGAUGCUAAAGAAGGUAAAAUUUGUCACAGGAGAUCAUUCUCUGGUGCAUUUAAGCGACGUUCAUCAACAGCAACAAAGUUAUCUUCCUCAUCUUCACCAGGGUCUUCUUCCUCUUCUUCGUCUUCCUCAUCUUCAUCAGGUGUUUCGACAAGUAAUUCAAAUGGGUUGAAGGAUUUUCCACUUCUUAAGAGAAGCAGCAGCGCGAAAUCAGAGAUUGAGACCUCAUUGAUCCAAGGAGCCAUUGCUCAUUGCAAGCAGUCAUCUCAGCAAGCACUACAAUCUCGAAAAACAUUGAGUGAAGCCGGUUGUCAUUCGUUCCCUUCUUCGAGGUUUGCUGUUCUUGAUGAUCAAACAAGCAUAUGCAGGGGCUAAGAUAGAAGGGAAAAAAAAUUCUAGGAAAAAGGGGUAGUGGGUGUUUAAAACUUACUUUAAAGAUAAUCAAGUGAAUUAUGUUAAGAUACUUGUAUGCUAAUCUAAUAUGGUUUUGGCUCAUUGCAUAAUUAGCAAACUGAGUGUUUAAUUUACCUUUGAUUUGUGAUUUUUUUUUUUUCCUCUUGUUUUAUUCUUCUGUCCUCUCUUUAAUAGUCAACCAAAUAUUCAUGA